GCCAGGCUUUGACCAACAAAUAUAUGUCGUCUGUAGAACUAUUAAUAAUGUAACCAGUAUGCUUUAUAAAUACGGUGUGGGCAGCGGUGGAACUUACCCCAUAACAUUUGCAUACCUGACUGAGCCAAGACAUGUCUGAUAUGUAAAUAUUGUAGGACAGAAGAUAAUACAGAAGUGUCCCUUACAGAGACACUAUGAGGAGAAUGUCGGUAUGGUGGCUCUAUUGUUCAUCUCCGCUCUACAUCCAGCUCCUGUGCACCCACAAAAAAUAACAGCCAAUAGCUCAUGGAAAUCUGCCUGCUUUGGCAUAAUUGAUCUUCACACUAAUCAGUCUGAUCAAAUUUUGGGGGAAAAAGAGGUAAUGGGAAAUAUACUCCUGGUGAUCUCCACUGCCACUGAUUACUGGAUGCAGUACCGCCAGUCCAGCAGUUACAUGCAUCAGGGCCUGUGGCGCUACUGUGUACCUGGAAAAUGCAUGACAUACACAGACAGCAUUGCAUAUUGGGAUGCCACCCGUGCCUUCAUGAUCCUGGCCAUCUUAGCUUGUUUCUUUGGCAUCAUCAUCGGCGUCAUGGCUUUCAUCAAUUACUCCUCCUUUAGUGGUUUUGACAAAACCUUUGCUGCAGGAAUUCUCUAUUUUAUUUCAUGCUUUUUUGUGCUGCUGGCUAUGGCUGUCUACACUGGGAUGACAGUCAACUACUAUGGAAAACGUUAUGGGAACUGGCGGUUCUCGUGGUCGUACAUAAUGGGUUGGGUUUCUGUGGUGCUCACUUUCUUUUCAGGGAUCUUCUAUAUGUGUGCUUACCGGAUGUAUGAACCAAGAGGCCCCAUGUCACGCUGAUGCUUCUCAUCUUCGAUCUGCUAUUUGAUCCAUUCAGUCUGAAUGUGAACCAUCAUGUCAUCCCUGAUCCCUUUAUUUCUGACCUAUCAGUUAUCGUUUAUUUUAAAAUCACACAACACAAACUAAUAAAUGACUAAACUAAUUCCGUACACUAAUUUAUAGUUUGGGCAUUUCUUAUACAAACUAAUUUACACAUGAUGGGCAGAUCAGGUUGGUACCAAAAUAUUAUAUAUAUAUAUAUA